UUAAAUUUCUUCCAUUUUUAGAUGACUUUUUGGUACUUCUGAUACUGAUACGAAAAGCAUAGUUUUUCCAAAUUUUAAUCAGAUAUUCUUGCUAUAUUUUAUUUCUACGUUAAACCGACCAUCUUUUAGAAAUGGCAACAGAUCGCAGCGAAUACAAACCAAAAAAUGUACUGAGAGACCCAUUGUUCAACAUGGAGAGGGCCAUCCUGGCCCCUAUGGGACCAGUCAGCUCCUUGUGCUUUCCAGACAAUUUUCUCAAGAGAAAUUCACCUUUCACCGAUUUGCUUUUAGCGGCCACGGAAAGGGGAGAUGUCCACUUUUGGAAUCUGAUAGACCGCCACUGGGAGUUCAGACAUGUCAUGACUCGGAAUGUGCCGAUUCAAAAGAUCCACGUAGUUGAGAACGAUAUUAUAGUCCAGGACAGAUAUGGUACGGCCACGAUAUGGAAAAUAUCCGGCCCAACUGUCUUCAGUAUGACCAGUGCAAUGAGCCACUUCGGAGGGUAUUGUCAAAGUGUUCUGAUUGAUAACCACAUAGUACUACCCCACGAUGGUUUUUCAAUUGAGGCUUAUGACCUACACAAUGCCGACAGUGUCAAAAAACUCACACCCACUAUGGAGAGAGGAGAAGUGGGGAAAACUAUGUGCCAGGAAAAUUUUAAAAUCAAAGAAACUAACUAUUUGCUUGUUGGCUACGAGAGUGGUUAUGUAAUUUUGUUCGACUACGAUACAGGGAAGCAAUGUAGCAAAGUAAAACUCGGUGAAAUGGUGACUCGUAUCACGUUUAACUCAGUAGAUUACAAAGGGAUAGCUUCCAAUGCGUUCAAGCCUUUGAAAAUUUUUAAGUUGAACCCGGAAACACUGGAAUUAUCCAUGUAUGAUCCUGGAGUACAGUUUCCGAAAGAAGGUGCCCAAAUUGUGAGGUUUAGACCCGAUAAUAAGAUUUUUGUUACCGGAGGAUUUGAUGGUAGAUUGAGGGUGUUCUGCGGAGAAACUUACAGACAAUUGAUAGUAUUAAAAGGGCAUAGAGGGCAAAUUUUUGAUAUUGUAUUCACGCCACUACCCACGCAAUUUUGGAAGACGAAAAUCUUUGCCGUUGCUGGAGAGGAUAGCGAUAUUUCUAUAUGGAACGUUUGCCAUGAUUAUUAAGUUUUUCCAUUUUACUCUCGUUUAUGCGUACCUUAGAUUUGAUGUAAGUAAAUUUCUCAUAGAUUAAUCGUUUUUAUUUUUCUGUAUAGGGUGGUCCGAAUUGUAUUCGGAUAAUUUAGGUAAAACAUUCUGCAGAUAAAAAUACGUAAAAAAUUUCCUAUAAAUGUAUGUAUUAAAAUGCUUCAUUUUAAGAGAUACAGGGUGACGCCAGAGAACGACAGUUUAUAUUGAAUUGAAAUUUUGUAAGCAUAUGUAGGUUAAUUC